AUGGGCAAAGGCGACACCCAAUCAAACAGUCACCAGCUUCUACCACAUGUCCUAAAAAACCGCGCACAACAAAAUCCAGAUGGCGCCUGGGCUCAGUAUCCCGUUUCGGAGCACACAUACGCAGAAGGGCUGCGAACAGCAACGAAUCAGCAAGUCUUUCAUGCUGUGAACAAAGUGGCAUGGCUUCUACAUAAUCAGUUGGGACCGAGUUCAAAUUUUGAAACCAUAGCAUAUAUUGGCCCGUUCGACCCUAGGUAUUUUAUUGUGGUUAUUGCCGCUAUCAAGGUUGGAUAUAAGGCGUUUUUACCAUCGCCACGAAACAGCAAAGUUGCGCAAUUGAGUCUACUUUCAAAACUCGAAUGUACGAAACUCGUCACUGUCGAACCACAGCCUCCUGCCAUUGGCGCUGUGUUGGAAGAAGUUCCAUAUACAGUUAUUGCUAUUCCUUCUCUUGAGGAACUUCUUAAUGGCAACGAGAGUGAUGCACCGCCUGAGUACCCAUAUGAAAAGUCAUACGAGGAGGCGAAGGACGAGCCGAUAUUCAUAUUACACACGUCUGGAUCUACAGGAAUUCCAAAACCGCUGAUUUACACACAUCGCUUCGUCACUCGCACAGUAAAUUUGACCUCCCUUCCAGCACCGGAGGGCUUCUCGAGUGGAAAUGAUACUAUUAGGUCCGGUCAUUGGUUCACUUUUCUAGCACCGUUCCAUAUCUCGGGCAUCGGAUUUGGGCUCAUGGUGUCAGCAUACAAUGACUGCGUACCUGUCUACCCGUUMCCCMCCCAGCCGCUAUCGACAGCACAGUUCCUCGAUGCAGUCAAGCAUGUCGAUAUGGAUUGGGCAUUUGUUCUGCCUUUUAUUCUAGAAGAUCUGAGUAAAGACCUGGAUGCCUUGGAGUUAGUGUCUCGGAAGUUAAAGCAUCUUUACUUUGCGGGAGGAAGCGUGCCACAGGCAGCCGGUGAUCUUGUCGCGUCGAAAAUUCCGGUGUAUCAGACAACAGGAUCCAGCGAAGUCAGUCUACUCAGUCAGGUUCACUCGCUAACUGAUGGGAGCAAGAACGAGGAUAAGUGGGCAUAUAUCAAUAUCCACCCUGCUAUCAACAUUGAAUACCGACACCACCAUGGUGAAUUGCACGAAAUGGUCAUUGUGCGCAAUAAGGAGAACGAAGAACUGCAACCUGUGUUCCUUCAUUUCCCAGAAUUACAAGAGUACGAAACUAGAGAUCUUUUGACUCCUCACCCUACUCUACCGGGUCUAUGGCGCUACCGUGCCCGAAAAGACGACAUUAUCGUGUUCUUGAAUGGCGAAAAGACAAAUCCGAUCUCUUUUGAGCAAGAAGUGUCACGGCAUCCAGAAGUUCGCUCCGCGGUGGUAGUGGGGGCUCAACGAUUUGAAGCAUGUUUAAUCGUGGAGCUUCAUCGUAAUGACCCUCUAUCACCAGAAGAGCGUGAGCGGGUUAUUGACAGAAUUUGGGAAAAUGUGCAGACUGCCAAUAAAGACUGCCCUGCUCAUGCUAGAGUUGCCAAGGAGAACAUUAUUCUUGCAGAUCCUUCCAAACCGCUGCCACGCGCUGCUAAAGGAACUGUCCAGCGAGCUGCGACACUUGUUCUGUAUGAAGAGGAAAUCGAAAGGUUUUACGCAGAGCGUGAAGCCCAGAACUUAUUCGCACCUAGACCGGCACUAAGUUUGAUUGACAUGACGGAUGCGGAUGCAGUGUCUACAAAGCUAGGCGACCUUGUUUCGGAAAUUACCCGGUGGAAUACCAGCUUGUCAUACGACACUGAUUUCUUUUCUCUCGGAAUGGAUUCUCUUCAGGUGUUGCAGUUGAGUCGACAACUCAAUAUACCACCAAGCGCUAUUUAUUCAAGCCCAUCCAUCGACUUGCUCACAAAAGCCGUCAUGUCUCAAACUAGCGAGUCGACAAGUAGAGAUAUCGUAUUGACUACAUUGACAGAUUAUGAAAAACGAAUUGACGAUAUCGCUGCUUCACCUGCAGAAGCAAGCAUGCAGAGGGCACCCACAGAGAUAGCUGAUGGCGCAGUUGUAGCACUAACCGGCUCGACUGGAGCUGUCGGAUCCUACAUCCUACAAAAGCUUCUGCAGAACGAUCAGGUUGCCCACGUCUACUGCCUGAAUCGUGUAUCCGAUGCUGAGACACUUCAACGGGAUCGAAACGCAAAAAGAAAGAUAAAGACUGACUUACCCUCGGACCGAGUCACUUUCUUGAAAGUGGAUCUGGCGAAGAAAAACUUUGGCCUGGAUGAUGCUGAGCUAUACCGCAGAUUACAGUCAACUGUGACCCAUUUAAUCCAUAACGCAUGGCCGGUCAACUUCAACCAGACUCUACAAUCUUUUGGAUCAAGCUUGGACGGCGUACUAGGGCUUGUAUCAUUUGCAACUCACGCAUCUCGCCUAGCCUCGACAGUAUAUCUGUCGUCCGUCAGUGCAGUCUCAAAUUACCAUGAAACUUCUGGUGCAAACAUCGACUUUGUCCCUGAACAAAUCAUCACCGAUACGAAAUGUCCCGCAGGCAUGGGCUACGGGCAAAGCAAAUACGUCGCAGAAAGGAUACUGGACUAUGCAUCUAAAAAGCUCAACCUGGCUAAUAUUCGAGUCGCCCGAGUUGGACAAAUCGCAGGUACAUCGACGCCAGAACAGGGGCCCCCGCAUGGUUGGAAUCGGCAUGAAUGGUUGCCGAGUCUGGUUAUCAGCUCCCACUAUCUCAAGGCCAUCCCUGAAUCACUUGGAUAUAAAGGAGACGGGAACAAUGCGGGCGUUCUUGACCGUAUCGAAUGGGUGCCCAUAGAUCAACUUGCUACAUUAUUGUUGGAGAUCUCGUUUGGCACCGAGGCAAAUUCUCCGGUUUCAAAAGGGGCCCAAAUCUUUCAUCCCAUCAACCCGAACUGGGUAAGCUGGCAAAGCCUCAUUCCGGCAGUCGUUGAAACACUAGAAGAGAGUUCAUCAUCGGGAUCCGCCAUAAGUGUACUCAAGUACGAAGAAUGGCUUGCUCUUCUACAAUCGAGCGCGAAUUCGACAGACGCACUCAGCGACAAUCCAGCAGUCAAGCUUUUGAAUUUCUUUGAAAGUCUCAUGGUAAACACAAAUGAAGAGAAGCCGCUGGCUAUUCAGCGGUCUGUGAAGAUGUGUCCUUCUUUGCAAAGCCUGGAUGCGAUCCAGGUAGAAUGGCUUCGUGGAUGGAUCAAAGAUUGGGUCUUGGGCUCAGACAAUGCUUAA